AUGGGUGUGAUACGCAAGAAAACAAUCACAAGAGGUGGCGAAGGUGGUGUUAAAUACGUUUGUGAUGUGUGCUCAUCAGAUAUUACAUCUACGGUCCGCAUCCGAUGCGCCGACUCAGAUUGCAGUGACUUCGAUCUUUGUGUCUCGUGUUUCGCCAAAGGUGAAUCACGAAAUGCUCACAACCCCGCGACACACGCUUUUCGUGUGAUUGAACAAAACUCAUUCCCUAUCUUCGAUCGAGAAUGGGGCGCCGAUGAAGAAUUACUCCUCCUCGAGGGCGCUGAAAUAUAUGGUCUUGGCUCAUGGGCCGAUAUCGCAGAUCAUAUUGGCGGUUUCCGUGAGAAGGAUGAGGUUCGCGAUCACUACUUAUCGACUUACGUCGACUCGUCUCACUUUCCACUACCGGAACGGUGUAGCCCUCACGAUUGCGAAUUGGCCAACGAAAUCCCCAGAGAAGAAUUCCAAGCACGGAAGAAGCGAAGAAUAGAGGAGCGACGAGACGCAGCUAAGAACGCGCCCGCUCUACAGCCUAAAACGAAACCAACAGCUAGUGUACCUAGUUGUCACGAGAUUCAAGGAUAUAUGCCUGGUCGUUUGGAGUUCGAGACUGAAUAUGCAAAUGAGGCAGAAGAAGCUGUUCAGUUGAUGCAGUUCGAUCCGGGUGAUGGAUUGAACCCCAGGACAGGUGAACUUGAACCCGAAAUGGAACUCAAGCUCACAGUGAUGGACAUUUACAACGCUCGACUGACACAACGUGUGGAGCGUAAAAAGGUCAUCUUUGAGCACAAUCUUCUCGAAUAUAGGGAGAACACAAAGCUGGAGAAGAGGCGGACUAAAGAAGAAAGGGAUUUGCUGCAGAAGGCCAAGCCAUUUGCCCGCAUGAUGAACCAGCAAGACUUUGAGGAGCUCAAUCAAGGUCUUCUAGAUGAACUUAACCUACGACAAGCCAUUACGCAGCUACAAGAGUGGCGAAACAUGCGUAUCGGCGACCUUCGAAGUGGCGAAAAGUACGAGAAUGAGAAGGCUUCAAGGAUUCAGAAGGCAAUUCCCAUGGGUUCAAUGGAUCGCGAGCGUCUGGCAUCUGCACAGAGGUCUAAGCAACCUCCUCCGCCCGAGCCUGCAAGUGGAGCUGCUCUUCUUAUCGCCCCAGAACUUCCUGCCCGACUACUCCCAACACCUAGUGUGGAAGUGAAUGGAGAUGUAAAGCCAUUAACGAAUGGUCAUACUGAUAGUCAAGCUAAUGGUCAGACAAACGGGCAGGUCAACGGACAGGUCAACGGCCAGACCAAUGGAAUCAACGGAGUGAACGGAGUAAAUGGCCAUGCAACUCCUAAGCAGAGAUACACGGCCCAACCCAUCUCCGGCGUACAACCAAUGCCCAUGUCCCAAGACACAGCACCAGAUUUACAUCUCCUCACACCAGAAGAGGUCAAGCUUUGCGAAGUCAUCAGACUACAGCCCAAGCCAUAUCUCAUGAUCAAGGAGCAGAUCCUCAAGGAAGCUCUCAAGACAAACGGCACAUUGAAAAAGAAGCAGGCAAAGGAGAUAUGCAGGCUGGACUCGCAGAAGGGAGGGCGGAUAUUCGAUUUCUUUAUUAAUUCGGGAUGGGUGGGCAAGGCGUGA